AAUUGUACAACAUCCCUUUUAUAUACACACGCUCACACACACACACAUUCACAAUUUUCAUACUCUCAACAAAAUGUCCUUAAUCCUUUCGCUCUUUAUUGGUAUUUUCUUAAUUUCCCCUUGACACUGAAGGAAAAAACGUGAAUUUCCAGAUGUUUAGCAUGUGUUUCUGGCUGUAACUGAUUGUGUGUCUGUGUGUGUAUGUGUGUCUUAAUAAUAUUCUUAGAACAAAAAUUUUUAAAACAGUAUCGUGUUAACUGUUGAAUACAUCAAUUUAAAUUUGAAACAUGUUAAAAUUAGAGAAAUACAAUUAGUGCGGGAAAAAUGUCUACAGCGAAAAAAGAGCGUAGUAGUCGAGUAGUUUCUAAAACGUCUGCAGAAAAAAAGAAAUACGUGGUGGAAAAAAUCCUGUCGCGACGCAAGCGCAAUCGGAAAGUGCAAUAUUAUCUCAAGUGGAAAGGUUUUGAUGAAAGUGAAAAUAGCUGGGAAUCAGCAGAAAACUUAAAUUGUAAACACUUGAUCAACAUAUUUGAGGCACAAAUAGCGAAAACAACUCUUAAGGUUAAAGUCAACGUAGAUUCUGACAGAAGUUUGACAUUAAGAACGCGCAAAACAUUGAAUUCACAAACAGUAGAAGCAACUAAACCCGCAUUGGAUGAAAGUGAAACUGAUAAAGAAAAUUCGGAAGAUCUCAAAGAUAGUUCAAUAAAACCCCUUAAAACUGACGCCGAAGAAGUAGCAACAAAAGCCAAUGCAGAGGAACAACCGAAAACAACAAAAACUGCUGUUAUCGCAAAAUCAACUAGAAAUACAAAAGUUUCUGAAAAUUCUUCAACAAUUACAAAAGAAACCAAAGAACCUGCAGCCGAAACCACUCUAGCCACCUCUAAAUCUUAUGAAAUUAUCAAUGAAAAUUUAUUGGUUACAGAUUUUCUAACUAGACCCUCUGUUCAAACGGGUUUCGAUAAAGGCCUUGAGGUGGAAAAAAUCUUAGGUGCUACAAAUGUUAAGGAUCAACUCUACUUAGUUGUAAAAUUUCACGGUGAUGAUGAACCACAAUUGAUAUUGAACACGAUAGUAAAUCGAAAAAUUCCUCAAAUGGUGAUAAAAUUCUAUGAAGACUCUUUGUCUUGGGAUACGGAUGAUGAGCAAGGAUAAUUAAUUGUUGAAGGAUGUUGUGUUUAGUUAAAAAUUUUAAAAAUCGUAAAUUUGUUAAAUUUCAAAAACAAUUUAAUGAAA